GACUUCAACUCCGACGAAACCAGUUCCAUUCACUUUCAGGACUAAUAUUUCUUCGAGGACCGAUAGGGUGACCCUCGGACAGACCCUCUCACCGAAAGCGGACAAGUCGGCCAAUAUUGAGGAACCCCCUGUGGUAUAUACAGGCUGUACCUUGAUAUUUCAUGCAGCUUUAUCUCUUGACAGUGAGAGCUGCAAAAGUGGAGUUAAAGCAUCUCCAGGGUUUAACAGUGGAUGCGUCAGACCUCAGUAAGGAUCACGAACUGCAGACUGCUCCACUCAUUACGAGAGAAGCGUAUAUCACUGCUGGAUACAAGAAGCAUUCCACACAGUACGGAGUGAUGGGUCAGGUUUUGUCAAUACAUUCGAAAUCAAGCGCCUACGUCCCUGUAGAUCCUAGACUUUAUCUCAACACGAAUACACCUUUUUCUGCUGUAGUUUGUGGAGUACAAGGCUCAGGAAAAUCACAUACAGUUUCAGUCCUCCUUGAAAACAUGCUCAUUCCGAAACUCCAGGAAAUAGGUUCCCUUCAGCAGCCCCUAGCAGGACUCGUGCUCCACUUCGGAGAUGGUGGUGUCGGUUCCCUUCCAAGUGAGGCUGCAUGGGUCGGUGUCCCAUCAAUGGAGGGUGUAAAUACACCGAAAGUGCGAGUCUUCGUGUCAAAGUCUUCUCUCAAUACUAUGAAGGGGGUUUAUGCCCCUCUCGGAAAGAACGUCGAAGUAAUUCCCUUGCUCUUCAACGAGGCAGAGUUGGAUGCACAGGCUUUUCUAUCUAUGAUGGCUGUCGGGUCGUCAGAUUCAGCGCCACUCUACAUCCAGAUCGUUCUCAGCAUUCUCCGAGAUUUGGGAGAGACAUUCUCGUACAAACGAUUCACGGAGCGACUCGAAGAAGAGAAAAAAACCUUCAACCCCGCGCAAAUUUCUGGCCUUGAGCAGCGCCUAACUCUCCUGAACUCGUUCAUGGAGCACAAUCGUCCAGUACCAGCCGCUUUUGGUUCAAAGACGUACGCCAAUACCAGUGGGCCCAGAUCAAAUGCUACUGCUCCCAAAUCGGCACGGUGUCGUUUCGCUGCGGGACAAUUGACCAUCGUUGAUUUAUCAGAUCCAUUCAUUGACCCAGGCUCUGCGUGCGGCUUGUUCGAGAUUGUCACGAGACUAUUCGUGAGGGCUGAGGUUGAGACUGGAAAGGUUCUUGUUGUCGAUGAAGCCCACAAGUACUUGUCCUCGCACAGAGGUGUUUCAGGGCUAACAAAAGCCCUGUUGACCCUCACGAGAGAACAGAGACAUUUGGGGAUGCGUGUCAUCAUUUCUACUCAAGAACCAACUGUCGUUCCACCUGUUCUAUUAGACUUAUGCACUGUUGCUAUCAUGCAUCGAUUCUCUUCUCCUGCAUGGUGGGACCACCUUGCACGUCACGUCUCUGCUGACGUGUCUAUAGACGAAGCAUUUGACACGGUUGUUAAGCUCCAGACUGGCCAGGCAAUUGUUCUUGCACCAUCGGGGCUUGGCGUGUUCCCCCAGGAUGCAGAAAUUCCUCGCUCAGGGAGAAUUGAAGGAGUUACUCCAACUGUCUUGAAGAUGAGCCGAUUUGGAAGACGUCACAUCAUCAUGAAGACACGCGCUCGCGUCACAAAAGAUGGAGGCGCGUCGGUUCUUGUUGUUCCUAGUCAAGAAGAGAGCGAGGAGUCCGAGAGUGAAGAGGAGACGUCUGAGUCCGAGGAAUCUGAGGAUGAAGAGUCUGAAUGAGUUAAUUAUAUACCUCACCUAUUGAUUAUUACUAGACACAGCUGCGUGCUGAUUCUUUAAAGUACUUACUUGCAUCUACGGCGUAUUUUAUGAACGGAU